CCCAUUACGACUUCUUCCUUCCCCACCUCUUUGCAGUCGCCGCCCUCGGUCCCUCUCUCUCUCUCUCUCCUACAGCGUCUUUGACUUUUUACAAUUUCUUCUUCUUGGUGCCUCAAAAACACGCAUCUUCGACCAUUUCUAUGGCACAAGAAAAGCGCCUUAAAAGACCCUCUUCUCUCUUCUCCCACAUGACUCUCUCUCUCUCUCUCUCUCUCUCUCUCUCUGUCGAACGUGCCCUGGAAUGGAAGAAGCAAGUUCUGACACCCUCUGUUUAGCACAUAGCAAAGGUCCUCUCUCACUCUGAAAUUCCUGUUUGUACAAUUUGUAUGUCACUUCUCAAGCUGAAUAAUUUACUGGGUUCUUUUUUUCUCUAUUCAUUUUUCAUACGUACAGAGCUGUUGUAGUUCUGGGUUUCGCUUGUUUUGUUCAAUUUCUGUUGCUGUUGUUGUAAAUUUUGUAGCAUUUGGUUGAAAUCACCAUCUGGGUAAUUCAUGAAUUUGUUGAUUGUUGACUCUGUGCAGCUCAAGAGGUCUCUGAUAAUCAGAUCAUGGCCUCUGAGCGUCCCCUUUUGAUCCCAUCUCCUAGAACUCCUAAUACCCAAGACCUGUUGACUCUACCCGUCCUUUUAGAUCUAACAAAGCCCAAUUCUGGCCGCCCUGGGUCGUUUCCCGUGAUGGAAUCGAAAAACCCAUCUGAGAAUUCUUUUAGCGUAGAACCAAAAUUGAGUUCCUCCUCCCAACGAAGUGUCUUUUCCAAUCAAUCCAAGACGUCCGCCGGGAAUUCUGUUAGGGAAGGGGGUUUUGGUGAUUCGGGAUCGAAGCCGGUGCGAUAUGGGUCAGGGCGGGCUGAUUCCGAAGCGCUUGCUAUGUCGCAGAAGGAAAUCAAUGAUGAGGAUGCGAGAUUGAUUUAUAUAAAUGAUCCUGGGAAGACAAAUGAGAGGUUUGAGUUUGCUGGGAAUUCGAUAAACACUGGAAAGUAUUCGAUUAUUACAUUUUUGCCAAGAAAUCUGUUCGAACAAUUUCAUAGAGUUGCAUACAUAUAUUUCCUCGCAAUUGUUGUGCUUAAUCAGCUCCCCCAGCUGGCUGUUUUUGGCCGGGGAGUUUCAAUUUUGCCGUUAGCCUUUGUGCUUUUAGUCACGGCGGUUAAGGAUGCAUACGAGGACUCUAGGCGGCACCGGUCAGACCGGAUUGAGAAUAACCGGUUGGCAUCAGUUUUGGUUAAUGGUCAGUUCCAACCUAAAAAAAGUAAGGAUAUCAGAGUUGGUGAAAUCAUCAGAAUUCAGGCGGAAGAAACUAUUCCUUGUGACAUGGUGCUUCUCUCCACGAGUGACCCGACCGGGGUUGCAUAUGUACAGACUAUUAAUUUGGAUGGAGAGUCAAAUUUGAAGACUCGGUACGCAAAGCAAGAGACCCUCUUGAAGAUGCCUGAUAAGGAAAGAGUUGGUGGGUUGAUCAAGUGUGAGAAACCAAAUAGGAAUAUUUAUGGGUUUCACGCCAACAUGGAAAUUGAUGGGAAAAAGCUGUCUCUUGGACCCUCCAAUAUUCUUCUUCGAGGCUGUCAGAUCAAGAACACUGAAUGGGCCCUUGGGGUUGCAGUGUAUGCUGGUCGUGACACCAAAGCUAUGCUCAACAGCUCAGGAGCUCCAUCGAAGAGGAGUCGGCUUGAGACCCAUAUGAACUUUGAGAUCAUCAUCCUCUCUGUGUUUCUUGUUACAUUGUGUACGGUUGUCUCCAUCUGCGCCGUUGUUUGGUUGUUGGGCCACGGGGAAGAGUUGGAUUACUUACCUUAUUUCAGAAAAGCCGACUUCUCGGGCAGGGAUGAUGGAGACUAUAACUAUUAUGGUUGGGGAUUGGAGACUGUGUUCACAUUCCUCAUGUCAGUUAUUGUUUUCCAGAUCAUGAUACCCAUUUCUCUAUACAUUUCCAUGGAGCUUGUCCGGGUUGGUCAGGCUUACUUCAUGAUCCGAGAUUCCGAAAUGUAUGAUGAGGCAUCAAAUUCAAGAUUUCAGUGCAGGGCGUUGAAUAUAAAUGAAGAUUUAGGACAAGUAAAGUAUGUAUUCUCUGAUAAAACUGGUACACUUACAGAGAACAAGAUGGAAUUUCAAUGUGCAAGCAUAUGGGGAAUAGAUUAUAGUGGUGGGAAUUCACAAAUUGAGCAAGACGAAUACUCUGUUAAAGUGGAGGGAAAAGUUUUAAGGCCAAAGAUGAAGGUGAAGACUGACCCGGGACUUUUACAAAUAUCAGAAAGUAAAACUGACACAAAGGAAGGCAAACAUGUCCAUGAUUUCUUCCUUGCAUUAGCUGCUUGCAAUACAAUUGUGCCUCUUGUUGUAGACACACCUGACCCUACUGUGAAGAGGAUAGAUUACCAAGGCGAGUCGCCAGAUGAACAAGCAUUGGUAUAUGCCGCUGCCGCCUAUGGUUUUAUGCUCAUAGAACGAACCUCUGGCUAUAUAGUUAUUGAUAUUCAAGGACGAAGGCAAAGGUUUAAUGUUUUGGGUUUGCAUGAAUUUGAUAGUGACCGGAAGAGGAUGUCAGUUAUAUUGGGGUGCCCUGACAACAGUGUGAAAGUUUUUGUAAAAGGUGCUGACACAACAAUGUUUAGCGUGAUAGAUAAAUCUUUGAACAAGAAUGUAAUACGUGCAACUGAAGCCCAUCUUCACGCUUACUCCUCACUGGGUCUGAGAACGCUUGUUGUUGGGAUGCGGGAACUGAGUGCUUCAGAAUUUGAGCAGUGGCACUCUUCCUUUGAGGCGGCAAGCACUGCUUUAAUUGGUAGAGCUGCUUUGCUUCGAAAGGUUGCUGGCGGUGUUGAAAACAAUCUGAGCCUGCUGGGUGCCUCUGGUAUUGAGGAUAAACUGCAAGAGGGGGUGCCAGAAGCCAUAGAAUGUCUGAGAACAGCAGGGAUUAAAGUAUGGGUUUUGACUGGGGACAAGCAAGAAACUGCCAUAUCAAUUGCCUACUCCUCCAAGCUCCUGACAAGGAGGAUGACCCAGAUAAUAAUUAAUAGCAAUUCUAAGGAGUCAUGUAGAAGGGGUUUAGAAGAGGCCAUUGUCAUGUCUAAGAAGCUCAUGACUGUUGCUGGGGUUACAGACAAUGCUGGAGGAAGUUCUGAAGCUCGUUCAACUGCACUGGCCUUAAUUAUUGAUGGUACCAGCCUUGUUUAUAUUCUUGACAGUGAACUUGAAGAACAGCUCUUCCAAUUGGCCAGUGAAUGUUCCGUGGUGCUAUGUUGUCGGGUGGCUCCAUUGCAAAAGGCUGGAAUUGUUGCCCUUGUGAAGAACAGGACUGCUGACAUGACACUUGCCAUAGGGGAUGGUGCAAAUGAUGUUUCAAUGAUCCAAAUGGCUGAUGUCGGAGUUGGAAUUAGUGGCCAAGAAGGUCGACAAGCUGUAAUGGCAUCAGAUUUUUCGAUGGGGCAGUUUAGAUUCUUAGUCCCCCUUUUAUUGGUCCAUGGGCAUUGGAAUUACCAGCGGAUGGGCUACAUGAUAUUGUAUAAUUUUUACAGGAACGCAGUGAUGGUUUUUGUUUUAUUUUGGUAUGUGCUCUUUACUUGUUUCACCCUGACAACUGCAAUCAAUGAAUGGAGCAGUACGUUGUAUUCGAUAAUCUAUACUUCUUUGCCUACAAUUGUUGUUGGAAUUCUUGACAAGGACUUAAGUAGGAGGUCUCUUCUAAAGUAUCCUCAGCUUUAUGGGACUGGGCACAGGCAAGAGAGCUACAACACGAAGUUGUUUUGGAUAACAAUGCUUGACACUUUGUGGCAAAGUGUAGCUAUCUUCUUUAUCCCUCUCUUUGCAUAUUGGCACAGUACCAUUGAUAUAUCAAGUAUAGGAGAUCUUUGGAUACUUGCAGUGGUUAUUUUGGUUAAUAUACACUUGGCCAUGGACGUCAUGAGGUGGACUUGGCUUACUCAUGCAGCCAUUUGGGGAUCUAUAAUUGCAACUUUCAUUUGUGUUAUCGUCCUUGAUGCUAUACCCGAUUUAAUUGGUUACUGGGCAUUCUUUAGUGUGGCAAAGACUGGAACCUUUUGGUUAUGCUUGCUUGCAAUUGUGAUUGCAGGCAUAAUACCUCGUUUUGUUGUAAAAUUUAUUUAUCAAUACUAUAGCCCUUCCGAUGUUCAGAUUGCAAGGGAAGUUGAAAAGUUUGGGGAUCCAAGGGAGCUUGGAACUGUACAAAUAGAAAUGAAUCCUAUCCUGGAUCCUCAAAGGAGAUGACAAGGUGAUAUUGUCCCUUUUCUUUUGUAAAGUAUCCCUAUUCUUUAGGCUGCUUCAGAGUUACUCUCUUGCGUGCCAGAUUUUUAUUAUUUGCUAUCCUAAGGAUAGAGUUCUUUUUCUUUUUUCUUUUUUCCCCCUAUUAGUGUAUUUUUAUUUUGUUGUAAUCACCAAGUUAUGCAGUGUAAAUUAGCAUUGUCUACUACAGAGAAAUUAGACACUUUUGUUACAUGAAAUUUACCAUAUUAGAGUUUGGUGCCA